AUGAGGGAACCAUUAGCACAACUACCUCGACCACAACCCAAGCCACGACUACCCGAGCAGCACCGUGAUUCCUUCGGGUCACUGGCUGUCAGCUACCCUGCUUCUCUUGUCACUGGCCGUCAGCUACCCUGCUCCUCUUGUCACUGGCCGUCAGUUACCCUGCUCCUCUUGUCACUGGCCGUCAGCAGGAUCCCGCACUCCUAGCGAUUCUUGGACUUCGUUUCUUCGAGUCGUCCAUGGAUUGCUAAAUAGAAAUCUGCACGAGCACGAGAUGCAGAAAAAUGUUUAAUGGUGUCCCUUCCUUACGUAUUGGGUGGACUUCUGGGAAUUUUUUUUCCUAUCCAAAUCUAAUUUUAAAAUCUACUCAUGUAGCAUUUCUCGUGGCUAUCUUGACAGUUAUCCUGCGUUAUUACGAGUGUCUCAGUCUGGAGCAAAGUACUGCAGCGAGUACUCCCUGCCUGUUUUCUCUUGAGUCGGUAAUUCCUUCACCUGAUUCGAAUCUGUAUGGCAAAAAUGUAUCAGGCCAUUCCGCAUUUGCCAAUAAAUCGUUGCAUUUUU